AAUUGAAGGGCAAAUGGUCAAUAAACAAAAAACUAACGUUAUCUAAUUUUAAUUUUCCCCGAGUAGUCUAACGAUUAACAUAUUCCGGAAUUUGCAUUUUCCCUUCAUCUUCAUUUUUUGAACUCUUAUUCUUUCUUCAUUCAGCAAUGUUCUUCCGUAUCUCAAGAAUCAUUUCCCGAAUCUCGCUUCUCUCUUCUCCGCGAACCUCUCAUCAUCAACACUUCCACCACUUCUCCAAUCAAUUUACCAACAAGCUAAUUCCAGUUCAAGUCAAUUUCUUAUAUCCAUCUAUAAAUUCAUCAGCUCCAAAAUUUGGAUUUUCUUCAUCAGCCUCAAUUGAAACAGAAGGGAAAAAUGGGAAUGGUGUGCAAAAUCGCGAUUCCUCAAAUGACGACCCUGCAAAAAUAAGUCAAGAUGCAAAGGAAAUUGAUCAGCCUGGACAAUCCAAGCAUGCAGAUCAAAUAGAAGAAUCAGGAUCUAUUUCAGAUUCUCGAUCUCAAACUGUCAAAAGAAGGAGGAGUGGCAUUAAACGAACUGCAUUUUCUGAUUCAGAUUCUGAUUCAGAGAGUGAAUCAAAUCUAUCCAGGGAUGAUUUGAUUAUACGUGUAGCUGAGAAGGAAGAACUUUUGAAAUCAAAGCAAAAAGAGAUUGAAAAAAUACAGGAUAAAUUUCUGCUUACUUACGCAGAGAUGGAGAACGUUAUGGACAGGACUAGGCGUGAAGCAGAGAAUUCAAAGAAAUUUGCCAUACAGAAUUUUGCAAAGAGUUUACUUGAUGUUGCGGAUAACUUGGGAAGAGCUUCGUCAGUUGUAAAGGAAAGCUUUUCAAAAAUUGAUACGUCGACUGACUCUACUGAAGCGGUAAAACUCCUGAAGACACUUUUGGAAGGUGUUGUAAUGACUGAGAAACAACUUUCAGAGGUACUUAAAAAAUUUGGUGUAGAAAAAUUUGACCCUACAAAUGAGCCCUUUGAUCCUCAUAGGCAUAAUGCGGUCUUCCAAAUCCCUGAUGAUUCCAAGCCCUCAGGCACUGUUGCAACUGUGCUGAAGGCAGGAUAUUUGCUUCAUGACUGUGUUAUUCGGCCAGCAGAAGUUGGUGUAACCCAAGCCAAAGAAGAUAAUAAUCCAGAAGAAUGAUGGGAAAGAUAGUAAAGCUGAGGAGGACUCAUAGGAUUAAGAGAUUCCUAAGUGGUUUCUUAUUGCAUAGUAUUUUAUAUCAUGUGAGGUUUCCUUCAAAUUGCAUCUGAAGCAUUAUGAUCUUUCUUCCUUGGCACCAGCCACCAGCUCUAUUUUCCAUGCCUUUUACCAGCAUGCAACAGAUAAUUUUUACUAAUCUUAUGUCUAGAGCAACAUGAUACAAGAAGAUGGGUUUAGUUCAAUCUGACUUUCCUUGCAUCUAUCUUGUUGAUACAAAUUUUAGUUUUCUUUUUUGUGGUAGUAAAACCCUUAUAUGAAACUAAGGAGUUAUACUUGCUUUUUAAAUCGUAAUUGAGAUACUAGGAUCCCCAUUCAUUGUAAGGAUGAUAGCAGAUCGACACAGACACAGUUCACAAAUGAAAAGAGACAAAUUCUCUCAGAGACCAGUUAGCCUUGUCAAAGAUGCGGGCAAUAACACAAGUUUGAAGUACUGUGGGAUUUAUCUAUGGUUGGCAUGUUAUUAUGUUAAUAUCAACUCAUCAUUGACCAUAAUGGCACGGAAAUUUCGUUUCACCCUUGAUUGUAAACUCAGUUCUCAUUUCCGCCAUUAAAUGAAUUCAUUCAUUUUUUAAGGAUGCAUAAGUUUA